UAGCUCCGCCCCGCUCGGCCUGGGUGGCAGGGAUGGCCCGGGUCCUCCGGCUCUCGGCCCUGUGUGCAGCCGGCACGCGCGUGUCUCCGCGUGUCUGCGCGUGUGUGUCCGUGCGUGAGAGUGAGAUGAAGUGGAGUCCUACGCCUGGGUGCUUCCUCCCAAGUGAUUUUCAUCAGCAAUCCAUUAAGGGGAUCAUGAAAAAAAAAAAUCUGGCUAAAAGGAUGAAAACUGAGUAAGUACACAGAACUUUGAACUUGAAACGGAAUGAGACCAAACGCAAGCAAAACCCUGACAGUGACCACAUACAUCCAAACUGCUAUCCCCCACCCUCUUUUUAUGUUAAAAGCCGUGAACGCUAGCAGCCAAGUGGCAAUUUAAAACUGAACGAAAGGAAGCAGUUCUGCAACAUAAAAGGCUGAGAGCGGGAUGGCUUUAAAAGCGGAGGGAAAAUGAGAAACUGCUAGGACAACCUGGCCGGCGCCCAGCUGUGCAACAGGCUCUCCGCGUUUAAUCGGCUGCGUCUCUCAGGGCUGGUUUCUGCCUUCAGACCCGCAUUACUGUGCUUUCUUUUUGCCCCCAAAGAAGAGACAAGCUGAACUCCUGAGUUUAAGAAUGUUAUGGAAGUAAGACAUUGCCGGAAGGAACUCUUGGCAGCUGGGGAUGCAUUUGGAUGAUUUCUUACAACUAUCUUUAUUUUGACAUCUUAAAAAAAAAAAAAUCAGGGCAGUCACUUCUUACUGUCCUUCAUGGAAGGGCUAUUGUUAACCACCUCUGACCGCUGGGUCCUGUGAAUCUUUGGCAUGAACUUUCGGAAAGUUCUCCAGUGGAGAUGGGGCGAACUUGAUUAGAAUUGUGCAAAAGCAAGACAGAUGUGUGUUUUUUUCAUACUGACAACGUGGCCAGGGGCCAAGUGAACCUGGACUGGUCAUGGUCUGUCGACCUGGGUUCCUUUGUCGCCGGCGAUUUUGCCCCCGACCUUUCCUGGUGGGUUUGGUGGUGGCAAUCUGUCUCUUUUACCAGACCCUAACACUCAGAGGGACUAAGAAGAUUGCAGCGGAGGUCUCUGGGACUGUCCCACACACCCCCUCUCAAACUCAGGGUAGCAGAUGUGAGAAAGACUACCCGCAGGACAAACGGUGCUUCCUUCUCUCUGCCAACGCUCAAGAAAUCAGGAAGAUUGAAGAAUUGAUUGAGAGACACUUUGGCGGUCGCAGCAGAAGGGCUGUCCUCCAUAGACCUCCAUCUUCCAGUGGAGCAGAGCUUCAGACACACCAGAACCUCCUUGCUCAGCAUGGCUACAGUGUGGUCACUGUGGAAGAAAGACUUGGUGGUAAUCCGGGCCUGGAGCUGCUGGACCAAGGUGGUUUGAACUCCUGGGAUCUGUUCAUUUGCCUGCCUUCUAGGGAAGCUGAUGGGAAACCCUGCAUACCCAGGGAGCACAUGUGUCGACUAAGCCUACAUCAAAGGGUGAAUGUGUUACCAGAAAUACAGCCUCAGCUUUGCAGAAAAGAAGGCUUGUGUGAAAUAAUCAGAAGAUUUCCAGAACUGCGACUUCCAGUGAGUUCUUCUGUGUGCCUGGGUCAGGGGACACAGUCACGGCUGAGUGUUUCCAGUCAUCUCUCAAAAGCAGAGAAGCCACGUAUAUGGAAACCAUGGAACUGGCAACGCGAACAGUUGAAUCAGACUACACUCGUUGCUCCGCGUGAAGCAAUCUUCAGAGCAGAAGAGCUAUCUGUGAUUCUUAAAGCGUAUGUGUUGGUGACCUCCUUAAGGCCCUUGCGUGCCUUCAUUCAUUCAACUGGCACGGUAUGGAGCCCCCCGAAGAAGAAACGCUUCACCGUCAAGCUGCAGAUGUUUUUUGAGACAUUCCUGAGGACCAGUUCACCUCUGCAAGCCCUGGACAGCCUGAAGGAAGCCAUUAGCAAGCUGCUGUUGGUAGCUGAGGUGUUUAGUGACUCAUCUACUUUGGGACCAAAAACCUUUCAUAGAUGUAGGCACUGCUUUCAGCUUAUGACCUUUGACAUUGGUUAUGGAGAUCCGGGGAAUCCUGUGGUGCUGCAGGUACACGAGCGUUUAAAAUUUCACGAUGAUGAGAAUCUCCACGUAGAGGACCAAAAUACGGAAAGAAUCCUCUUAAGGGAUACUUUCGACUUCCUCUUCUCCAAUGCGUCUUCCCUUCCCGUGGUUUCUGAGAUGCUGCAGAGGCCUGAGAGGGCAGGUGCAUCUGUGGAUGGAAAGUAUCAGAAGGAGUUAAAUCAGUGCCUGUCGUUAGAGGAAAUUCACUCAAUUAGGACUUUUGUAAAGGAACUUGGGAAUCUGGGCCAAUUCCAACUGCUCUUCCCAUCCACUGUUCCUGGGAUUCAGUCUCUGAUGGGUGAAUUUUAUGAUACGGCAACUCCUGGCUCAGUCCUGUCCCACUACUGGUCUCUUUUAAAUGUAUUUGAACAAUUUUGGCUCGUGAAUAAAAAGGCACAGCUACAUUCACUGGAAUGGAAUUCUUCAACAAGGAACCAGACCGUUGAGAAACCACACAGGUCAUUGGAAGCCAUCCAAAGUAAAAAAGCUGCAGUUCCACAAGUUUUGUAUGAAGAUAAAGAUAAACAUUGCAGCGAUGAGGAAGAGGCACAGUGCCAGAUCAAGAAGAUUGUCACCUAUCCCCGUUUAGAACUGAGUCCCGAGUUUAAUGCGAAGAUCAAAGACUAUUACUGCGAAGUGCCCUUUGAUGUGCUAACCGUGAGGAUCAGAGCCGAGACUUCCAAGUGUCAGUGCAAGGUGCACCUGCAGGAGCAGACAGGGCCAAGCUUUGCCAACUAUCCUCUGGGAUUAGGAAUGAACAGAAUCUCCAUGCUUGUGGUAGAUGAAUCUCGAGCAGAGGGUGACGCCCUAACCACGUAUAAACUCACCAUCUACAGAGAAGACCGCCCGAGUCUGCCCUUCUUCGAGGACUUCACAGCGUGCGGCUUUGUACAAAUAUGAACAGAACUUCUGCAUUUCCCUAAGGUACGUGACAUGCUUAUGAUUAAAGAAGCCGUCCUACUUCUUAAAGAUUGAAUUAGAUCUUGCCACUGCAAAUGGGAAAUGUUAGCUCAACGGGACACUGAAGCUUCUUGUCCAACACCGAUAGCAUUGCUAACUAUGAGACACAGGCAUUUUCUCUGCGACGCUGUGUGAAGGAACAUAUUUCUUCAGAUUCCUUCGCACGGAAUUUGAUCAGCCGAUCCCCAUGUACAUAACUCAGUGCUCAGUCUAAUGAAAUGAGUGGUGUUUCGUGCUAUGAGGAAGCGUUCUAGAAUGUUAUAUUCUUUUUAACACCAUUAUCCAGUUGGAACAUUUUAAACCAUGAUGGUAAUAAUUUCCAGCUGUCUAAAACCCUAAAAGUAAAGUGCCACCCCCCCAAAUAUAUUUUGUUACCGAGACAUGUGUAAACAAUUAUGACUAUCUAAACCAUACUGGUAUUGGUUUUCAAACGCUCUCCAAACUGGAGGGAGAAACUGCCUCUAAGGAAUAUGUUGAUAAAUACAUCCGACUUCAAAAGUUGCCUUUUAGACCCACAGAAUAAAGAUUUUGCCUUUUAUUGGGUAUAAAAAAAACAGUGCAAAUUCUAAAUUUCCCAUUCAGAGACAGAGAGAGAGAGAGAGAGAGAGAGAGAGAGAGAGAGAGAGAGAGAGAGAGAGAGAAAGGCAUGCGUGCAGUUUAUCCUUCUGAUUUGGAAAAUUUGGAUUUUUCCAAGAAUUUUGGGGAGGGGGAAUUUGCAAGUGGAAGGACAGCCAUUCAUUUUCAAUGAAAUCCCAAUUUGGGAGAAAUCAAAGAGGAAUGAAAGUUCUCUUUGUCUCAGUCAAAAACUGGAAGCACAUAGAUUCACAUCACGCCAAGAAGGAACUCGAGAGAGCACAGACGUAUAAACCUUAAAAUGCUGUUUUUAGACUUUACUUCUUUAGCAAACCUGCCUUUUAUUUUUGCCGAAAUACCCCAGCAGACUCAUUCACGUUCUGAAUCCAUAUGAAUUCCUCACCUGUUAGCUGGGUGUGGUUUAAGGUGAGAAGAUAAUGGUCGGCGUGUUUGCUUUAGCACCAGAGGAAACAAACACAACUAACACUGUUGCUGGGUCCUCCCACCCCACCCCUGUCUGUAUUCUCUAGCUGCCUCUUAUACAUGCAUAAAAGCACAUAUUAAUCAGUCUUAUGUACUAUAACUUCUGGAAUUAGAUUUUUUUUAAGUUAAAUUAUAUGGACCAAUUCAAGUCCAUUCUAUUUUGAUGUAGGUCAUUUGAAUUAGAAGAGUUUUGUUGUUGUUGUUGGUUUUUUUUCCUUUUCCUUCCUAACUUCAGUCUUUCUUGAGUACUCAAGGACUUAGGGACUCUUAAGGAGGACACUGAGGACUGUUUCUCUUUGGAGGGGCAGGGAGAGGGAGAGGGAAAAGGAGGGGGCACCUUCUUGCCUCCACUUCCUGGAGGAAAGAAAUCAGCCUGGUUGGUUUCCUCUCCUCGGAGCAGUGAUCUGUGACAUCUGGAUGUCUGGAGAUAACUUGAAGAGAAAGAGGAAGUGCCGCCAUCUCCGUGGGUGUCGGUAGAGUAACAGGGCUUGAGGAAUGGUCUGAAGGAACUUGCUGAGAGCUUGUUAACAUUUUGUCAGCCCAAGGAGUUCUAAAGAUCAGCCAGGAAGUUUUCGGGACCUUUGAGAUGUUAUCUGUUCCAAGCCAUGGAAUACAGGAAUACAGACUUGGAGCCUGUAGAAAGCAAAGGAACCUGGGUUCUGUAGACAGGCAUAUUGGGGAUGCAACAAUGGAAGAGAAACACCAGAGACUUUAAUAAGCAUGCACAAGUUAAGUUGACUGAGACUCCAAUGUCCCAAGCAGCAUCCCCCACCUACAUGAAAUAUAGACAAUGAACUAGACCAAUAGCGACAGGCCUGGAAAAGAGAUUUGUCUCCCCUUGCUCUUAUUUCAACCCCAGAUUAAAGAGGGAUUGAAACUAAGAGACAAGAUAUGAGAACAGAUUGGUGUGGCCAUCCUCAAACCUUUGAGGCUGACUUUUCUGUUGCUGGGCAACCAUUCAUCCUAGACUUCAUAGUUGAAAACGACCCUCAUUUACUAGUGCAAAGUUUCCUAACACAGAAGCACAAAGAGAGUUCUCAGCUCAGGUCUUAAAAACUGAUAUCAAGAGGUUAACUGGGCCGAAUUGUACAGGUCCUGGAGAAGCAUUCACCCCCAAGCUCACCCGGGGGGAGACUGAAUUCAGUCUCUCCAAGCUGUGUGUGUGACUGCUGGCUGGCAGCCAAGGGCUGCUCACAGCUGCUGCAAGCUGUCCACAUCCUUGCCACGUAGUCCCACCAUCUCUUAAGCUGGUAGUGAACAGUAAGAGGUAGGAUCCCCUCUCAUGAUUUGUCUCUCCACCUUCUCCAUCUCUGACCUCAGGUUUAAGGUCCUUAAUUUAAGGUAAGCAGAAUCGGGAGUUUGACUACACUUUUCAAAUUCUGCAUUAAUGCCCUGACUAUGGAGGCUUAAAUCACUACAGGGAAAAGUACACCCACCCUAUUAGAUGGACAUAUGUCUUCCACCUACCAUCCUAUUAGACUUAUGUCUCCACCCACCGUAAGCUAUGGGGCAACAACUCUAUCCCACCUAAGGAGGGCUUUAGAUCCAACAUAAAUGUAAGUAAGUAAGCUGAUUUUACUAAGUGGCAAUGACUAAAGAAUGAUGAUUUAAAACUCUCAUAGCUUAAGAAGGCCAAGCCCAUUAAGAAAGAGGAUGGGUUGGUAUGUGGAACAUUGUAGUAGCAGUUACUGGAAAAAUAAAAUUCUAUUUCCCCAACUGAAAUUAGUACCAGGAUAACCUCACAUACUGGACAAUCUAUCCUAAGGCAUUCCCACGUGCCAGAUAUUAUUCUUGCCACAUCUUGAUCACUUUCAUAUAUAUAUAUAUAUAUAUAUAUAUAUAUAUAUAUAUAUAUAUAUAUAUAUAUAUGAAAGCGUGUGUGAGGGUAUGAUCAUCACAGCAAAGAAGAAGCACAAGAGGCAGACCUAGAUGUAAGGCCCCUUCUGUUCUGUCUGGUGUCGAGCCUUGAUACAGUAACUGUUAGACAAAAGGCUGGUCUUUAAGUGCUGUAGAGUUUUUACCCAUGAUGCCAAGUGAGGAAACGUAUGUAGCCACACAACAAAAUGUUUAUCAACGCUGUGGGUAUCUUCCCGAUCCAUUCAUGUGCUGCCCCCGAUAAUUUUUCAUUGGCUGCUAAAUAUAAUAUGUAAGUAUUAGCUUCUCUUCCUCCCAAGGUUUGUAGAUUCUUUAUCAAUUGAAGGGCCUACGACAGGUCUGGCUAACUCUAAAGAGCUAGAGGCACAAAUGCAUUCAGAGGUGGAUUAAUGCGAAUGACAGAAUCAGGACGAUUUUGAGGCAAGGGUGUGCGAUGCACUGUUGCAAAAGAAGUGCCCGCCCUGCUAACAGUGGAAGUACCUAGCCCUUGCUGGAUGACUGCUGCUGUUUUUUGGAAUGCUGGCUUGGUGGUGUCAGAUCUGAUCCUUCAGAAGAAACCAAAGAUUUGGGUUUCAAUGGAAGAUCUCUCCAGGAUUAUAUGUUGGUGGCUAAGCCUUAAGAAAGGAGCACUCCACAUGGCAAACAAACAAAGAAAUAAAAUGCUAAGAUCAGAGUCAACCCAGAGGCCAUUAGUUUGUGUCUUUUGAUGUUCUCCAACCCACUCACAUUAAUAAUAAUAAUCUAAAUCUCUGUGUGUGGAGAGGAAUGGACGUUGAGAAAAGAGGCAACGGUCAGAAUGAUUUAUACCGCUCAUGUCGAGUCCAAUUUAAAUUGGCAUCCAAGAGAAAGGGAACACUAACUGGUACAACUGGAAAAGUUGGUAGCUAUUUGUACAGUCGUGUGCUUAAAUGGUGUCACCUGUUUCUUUCCUGCCCCACUACUGUGCUUUCUAGUUGUCCCCCACCCUCACAUUUUAUAGAGGAGCUGUUGGGCAGACGUAUGUCCUACUUCUCUGUGUAUGGCUGUGGCCGUACGAGACUCCAGGACUUACCACAUUCCCAGAUGUUCUUAUAAAAUCUGCGAACAGCUCAUUAUCUGUGAUGGGACUUAGUGUUUGCUGUUGUUUGAUUUAAGCCAAUGAAGUCCCAUCCUAGAGACAGUGAGAAGCUAAUCCCUCACAAAUGCUAUGGCUGUCUAUGAACAAGAUUCAACUGCACAGAUACAAGCAAUCAACAAGGAAAACAGAGGGAUGGUGUUGAGGGAAAAAAAAGAAGAACAAGCCAGAGUCCAUGUAGAGGGCACCUUUUCCAGUCUUAAGACUUUCCAUCCAAAAAUUCUUAAUGAGAGUCAUACCUCCACUCCCUUCGAAUGGACUCCAUCCAUUUCUCCUACUGUCUGUGGAUCACCUUCAGUUAAGAAGAAACCCACCUUCAACUCUCAUUAGCGUUUCUGUCGGACUUAUUAUUUGACCCUCAUUCCCCGCUGCCUAAAGCCUUCCAUUAUGUUUACUUUAUUAGCCAAAGUUCUUGAGCACAGGGAAUAAAACUCAAUUCUGGCUAACCCAAGCAGAAGGGCAUACUCAGAGCCUGUCUGAUAACUCAGAGGAUUUGAGCUGUUGAGGGAAAGGUGAAAGAACUUGGAAAUAGAAUUAAAGAGAGUAAGAGGAUUAGUUAUGUCACAUCACGGAGCCACAUACUCUACAUGCCACCGACUACAGUAUCCCUGUACACAAUCCCUUUGCCAGACCCCAUAGGCUGAUGCUUUUACCUGUACUGCUGGUCACAGAGCUGUGACUGAAUUCUAAUCUGCCCCCUCAAACAAUGUGUCACUGCUCCAAGUUAAAAAGGUUGAGAUAAGACAUCCAGUUAGCUAAGUUUAGGUCCCAUGUCCUUGCAUAAUGUCCUAGACAGAGGGAACAGACAUUCCUGGUUUUAUAAGACAGAAUUCCUUCAAGCCAAGAAUGGAUUAGAUAAUGGAUGGUAACAAUGAAUGUCAUUACUCCUGUGAGAAUAAUUAUUGAGCCGCCCAAAAGAAGACAGCCACCAUGUUAGCAUGGGCGAAUCUAUUCUCCUUCCAAAAGGUCCCCAGUGAAGAAUGAAUAGCUAUCUUGUUUCCCUUUAACUGUGAAAAAUAUACAAUAAUUGACCAUCGUGGCAACGUUAGCUAACUCAGGCACUGUAGGGUUAAUAGGACCAAACAACUUCUGGAUCUCAUUUAAAUUUUCAAACACAGACUUUAAAAAUACAUGAAAAGCUGGAAGCGUGUUCCUGGUCUCGAAUUCUCUUCCCUUCAUUGUUUGGAUGUUUAUAAGCACCCAGGAUUCAUAAAAGCUCAUAAUAUCCGAGUCUGAGUCAAAAGCCCUGUAAAGCCCUAUGAGCAUUUCCCUUCCAGGCACUGCACAGCCUGCCCACUCCUGGCUACCUGGUCUGAGGUUUAAAGGGGCUGCCUGCCACACAGGACCUGAAGAUCCCAUCUACAGUUGGCCACCCAGUUUCUCUUAGCAUCCUGCGGUGUUCCCAACUUAAAUACAUCUAGGUUUUUAAGUGUUUCUGACUGCUUAUGUACAUUGGAGGUAUUUAUGAAUCCCUCCCUCUAGAGCACAGGGCCACUGGGGCCAGGGCUGCCCCUGCUGUUAUCAGCUGACUUCACUUUCUUUCUUCUUUGUCUUCUUUUUUCUUUAUGCUUUCAAUUCUCAAACUUGAACAUGUGUUGAUGAUGUCUCUGGAGACGCCUUGAAAGAAAUCAUGGGCCAACAUCAUGUGGUGGCUCAGUAAGACCUUGGGAGGAGCCCAACACUUUGCAUGUGUAGAAAGUUCCCAGAGUCUGCUUCUGCCUUGUAUCGUGUGUGUGUGCAUACAUAUAAUAUAUCUAUAUAUCAUAUACAUAUACAAUAACCUAUAUAUAAUCAUUCUACAUCAUAUCUAUAAUAUGUGUAUACAUGCAUCUAUACAUAUAUUUCAUAUAUAGAUUUUUAUAUAUGAUGUAGGGCAAUUAUAUAUAAUGUAAGGCAAUUACAUAUAUAUACAUAUAUAUAUAUGUAUAUAUAUAUAUAUAUAUAUAUAUGUGCUUUUAGGUUCACGCAGCUCAUGUGUAUGUCUCAUAGAAAGCAGCUCUGUACUCCAUGUUAGGAAAUGCUAUUUCUUAGCUCUUCAUAAACACCUGUCUUUGCUUGUGAAAAGCUUGGUUCUUAGUUACUGACAUCAGGCAAAUAUUCUUUUUCAAAAAGCAAAAUGCUCCUGUUAUAACUAGGCUUUGUGGUAUCCCUCAAAGACCAAAAUAUUAACAAGGCUUGGUCCGUGAUGUCACCCUUCGAAGGUGGAACCUACUGAGAGGUUUGAGCAUAUUUGGGACAUGCCCUUGGAGGGGAUUGUUACCCUAGUCUCUUCCUCUUCUCUGUCAUCCCUUGGCUAUGUGUUAAGCAAUUUUGUUCUGUCACGUGUCCCAGCUGGGAAAGACACUUUUAUGUCCAAAGUAACAGGACCAACCAACCAGCGACGGAGACCUCCAAAGCUAUGAAGCUCUGAGCCAAAAUAUACCUUUUGUCUUGAUGAGUUGAUUAUCUUAGGCAUUUGCUAUAGAAAUGGGAAACUGCCACAAUCUUAGCUGUGGUUCUUACAGUGAUUUGACUGCGAACCUGAUAUUGACUGCUUUUGUAAUAUAAUAUUGUAUUAUAAUACAAUGCAUUCCUAUUCAUUAUCUAUCUCACACUGCCCAGAUUUCCCGAUGCGAUGCUAAGCAAUGAAGAUAUUCUUCCUUUCUUUCUUGACAUCUUAAAGACUUUCCAGGACAUCCAUGAUUUUCGUAUCCAAAAUGUCACAUUAACUUGAGUAUUCAAACAAUUAUUUCUAUGACAUGAAUUACUACUUCAGCUUUAUUAGCUUUUGUCAAAUAUAAUUCAGAUAUAUUAAAACAGAUAAAUGGAACACAAGAAAAGAUGAAAUGUUCACCAAACAUCACGUACAAGACCCGCCAACCAAUGUGUUGGAUUGAAAAUCAUUACAGCGUUCAGUAGCAGGAUUUCUUGAUUUUGUUUGUUUAUGUUUGAUUUUGAAAAAGUUCUUUUAAGGAGCAACAACAUUUUGUUUGGUCAGAUAUCAAAAGUUAAAAAUUUCUGGGGCUGCAGAGAUGAGUCAAAGUUUAUGCUUGCAGCUCUUGUAGAUGACCCGGGUUCCAUUCCUGCAGCCACAAGGCAGCUCACAACCACCUGUAACUCCAGCUUCAGGAGAUCCUGCACCCUCUUUGACCUCAUAAGGCCUCUGUACACAUGUGGUACACAUACCUACACUCAGCCACUCAAACAUGCACAUAACUUUUUUUUUUGCCAGGAAGUGGCAGUGCAUUCGAUCCCAGGACUUGGGAGGCAGAAGUAGGCGAAUCUCUGAUUUGAGGCCAGCCUAGUGUACAGAAUGACACCCAGGAUAGCCAGGGCUACACAGAGAAAUCUUGUCUCAAAAACAAAAACAAAAACAAAAACAAAACAAAACAAAAAAACAGAAAAAAAACAGAAAAAACAAAAACAAAACAAAACAAAAAAAGAAAAGGAUGAGGAGGAGAGAAAAACAAAAUUGAUUAGUAGUGAAAAUAAAAUAACUGUUUAUGUUUGAGAUACAAUAAAUAUUUUCAAACCGUCUUUGUUCCCUUCUCCUAGUAUUUAAUCAUGCUAGAAUGAUAUAGUGUUUAGUAAGCAUCUGACUGCUCUGUGUUAUUAAGACAGGGUGUUCUCUAGUCAUCCUUCUGAGACUCAGAGUUCUCCCCGUGUGAUUCCCAGUACACCCAUGGCCCAUGGCAGUUUACAAUGUGCUCUACACUGGUUUCUAAUUUUUUUCCUUACUUCCCCCUCCCUCCCUAUUUCUCUUUCUUCCUGCUUUCCUUCCUUCCUUUCUUUCUCUAUUGUGUGUGGGAGUUAAACUAUUAUAAUUCAGAAAAAGUCCUUUUUGCAAUAUUUUAAAAAUAGAAAUUUGGAUCGUCAACCAUUUUCUUGAUUCUGAUUGUUGUGCAUAUCAUUCACACGGGUUGAUAGAUUUCUAGUCUCGGCAUCAAACCAAAAUAUGAUUUCAUAUUUCUGUGGUUUAUAUAAACUUCAUGCUAUUGACAGCUAUCCAAGAUUUUGGAAAUAGUAUAAUGAAUGUGGCUAUUAUGACAAUCAACUUCUCUCUUAUUAAAUAAGUUCAGUAUAUCUGAUUCUGUCCAUUUUACAAGGCUAAUUUGAGUAAAUACAGUUUACUUACAAGUUACCGUCUGGGCCUCUUCGAUCAAAUAGUUUUUUAAGGAAAACAAUUAUCAAGUUCCCUUGGAAGGUCAUAUUUUGAAAAAUAGUGCCCAAGACAUAUAUGUACAUGUAGCCACAUAUAUACACAUAUGAAACAUGCACAUAAUACUUACAUGGACUGAAUGUGUCAUCACAAGGCCUGGAUUUGUGUGCUGGCUCUGUCACUUUUCAUCUCAGUGACACUGAACAUACCAUUUAACUUCUCAGAAAAUUGCUAUGUUAUGCAAAAUAGAUCGAGACACAGUUCCAACCUAUUUCACCGGGUCAUUAUUAAAAAAAUGAUAUGAAGUUUUGCACAAAAGCCUCGUGUGAAUGAGACAGUGUGCCUAUGGGAGGUGAGGUUUCCUAGUCACCUUUAUAUUAGGCAGAGGAUUGAAUGGUUUCAGUUCAGUCCUGUGCAGGGCUUUUUAUCUUUCUCUGAUAAGAAACGGAAACCAUCCAUUUGCCUAAGAGUUUCAUGAAGUCAUUGUUUUUAAUAGCUGAGUAGUAAAAAGAACAACAGUAUCAACCAACCAGAAACCCCAGAGCUCCCAGGGACUAAACCACCAUCCCAAGAGUACACAGGAAUGGACCUGUGGCUCCAUCCACAUAUGUAGCAGAGGAUGGCCUUGUUGGGCAUCAAUGGGAGGAGAGGCCCUUGGUCCUGUCAAGGCUACACCCCCGUGUAGGGAAUGUCAGGGCAGGGAGGUGGGAGAGAGUGGGUGUGGGUGAGGGAGCACCCUUAUAGAAGCAGGGAGGUGGGAGAUGGAGGGGAAACUGUAUAACAUUUAAAAUGUAAAUAAAAAAUUGUACAAUGUAAAAAGAAAAAAGAAAGAAAGAAGGAAAGAAAGAAAGAAAGAAAGAAAGGAAGGAAGAAAGAAAAGGAACUGAAAUCACAUAUGUACCCAGAAUGUAAAAGGUGGAAUUGGACAAACACCUCAGGGCAAUAUCCUCUCUGUCCGUGCCCAAAGAUAGUUUAUUUUUUUUUUUUAAUUUUAAGAGGUAAGGUUAUUUUAGUUCCUUCUAAAAUAACCAUCAGGAUAAUCCCACGGUUUUUCUUUCUUCUAAAGUUGAGAAUCUAGAAACAGUUGAAAAUAAAGCGAUUGGCAACGGAAGUUUACUGGAUGCUUCUAGAAACCAAGGCAGAGGGGGAGUUCUUUAAUGUGAAAAUUCCUAAGCCUUAACAGGCCCUGAGCACCAGUGACAACUGUCGGACCGAGGACUGUGAACUACAAGUAGAGUCAGAUAAUUCCCAGAGAUAAAAAGCGUGCAUCUCACAUUUGAGUGGCAGCCACAUUUGACUUUCAAGUCCUUUAGGGACAGACAGGAUGAGAGAAGAAAGUUCAUGCAGCUGUCUUUGGUAACCAGUCAGUGGGAGCCAGCCUCUCCCCUUUCCUGGAGCAAGGCGGGGGAGCCAUGCUGAGAGAGACACUGGCCCUGCUGAUUAACAGUGCAUGCUGGAGAAGGAGGUCUCUAAGUCUGUCUACCCCAUCAGUCCUAGAAAUGUAAUUUAGGUGAUUAUUGCUGUGCCCAUGAGGUCUUGUGACCUUUUGUAAUCUGUUUGAAGUUGGCCUGCUUAUACUUGGUGAGAAAAGGAUUAACUCUGAGUUCAUGAAAUCUGGGUGCAACCAGAAAUAUGGAAAAACUAGAGAAAAAGGAGCCUUCCUCCAUCCCUGUAGAAAUGGGGAGGACCAGGAGGAGGCCACAGAAGCCAUUUUUAAGGGGGGUUUCUGGAAUACAACCUACAUAGAAAAGGGUCGCCCUCCACUUUCAGGACCACUUAACUGACAGGACCACGUUCUCAGCAGAUGGGGAUUCACGUUCACAAUUGUGAGAUUACUGAAAGGGAUUCCAGUAUAAAGUCGGCUGGGAACCCUAAUGAAGAGAGCAGAGGUGUGGUCUGUGAUUACAGUAGAAAGAGGAAAAAUGCUUUCAUAUAGUUGCAUCUGGGAUAAAAGCUAACUGCUCAGUGGGCUUGUAAGGUAUUAAAGAACUUGUGAGACCCGUCAGUUUCAACUCACCUUCAAGAGUCUUGUGCUCUUAAACUCCCAAGAGCUAAGGUCGGGUCCUUGGUUGACUCAGCAGAACACAGACACCUAGUGACAAGGCUGUUCUUCCGUUCAGUUUUGAUAGACUGGUGACUAGUCUGCAGACCUCUUAACCUCUUUAAUAUUCCACUUAAUUCAAAACUAAAUCUCUAUUUCAUAAUUCUUAAGACAAAAACCCCUCAAUAUCUCAAAAAUUAGUUCAAAAGGUCAGACUGGGUGUUAUGUAAAAUUCCAUCCUUUAAGCUAAUGGAUGUGCUUCUUUGAAGCUCAUCACCCUUGUCACCUAGGGGCUGACAGCUCUUCUGACAUACAAUAGGCAAUGAAAGGUGUCAAUAUAGCCAGUCAAUAAAUGAAUGAUCUAAUUCAGGCUGUGUACCUGGGAAAGAGCCUAAGCAGUCUAGAAUUGAUCUUCACUCUGUUCAGAUAACAGCGCUGACAUGUGAUUCCCGUCAGGCAUUAAUACAUUAAUUUUGAACUAAUAUCCAAGGUAAAUGUAAUUUUUCAUGCUGAAGGACUUUAUGUUUGGAAACGUUUUCCCCCAAGUGUGGAUGGCUCAGCCAUGUUCAUUUCACACUGGUCACAUCGCCGACACUCCUGUGUCCAUGCAUAUCCCUUCUACAUGCUUUCUCUUCACAAAUGGUGAACGGUGGACAUGGUGGACGUCUGCUCAGUGCACGUGUGAGGGAUGAGCAACUGUCUGCCCGCAUCACCGAAGGGAUCUCUACACUCAAUACCACCACACUCAUCGGAAAACCCAUUACUUUCUAAAAACGUAUGUAACUAGUAUGUGUGUGCAUGUGUGUAGUGCCUGUAUGUGUGCACAGCACGGAAGUCGUGAGGAGCUUAGCAGAGUUUAGAGAGGCAGUGGGAAUAGCCAAGCUAGCAGGCAUUAGCAGCUCUAGAGUUUUCUGUUCAUUUGAAGCUGGACCUAAGUUGGCUCAAAAUGUCUUCGUAAAUGAGCUGUCAGAUUCUACCUCUAACACCACCAUACACAUGCCAGUGAGCUCGCACACGGAAAAGAACAAAAAAGAGAGUAAGGUGGGUUCUGUCCUACUUGAAAAAUUCCCUGAGAGCCAGUCUGCUGAACCUGCCACCAAGACAGAUGAUUCCUGGAAUUUAUAGCCAAGAGAAAGGCAGGAAGGGGGAGCAGCAUUGCUCCUGAGGAUCGCACAAAGAUGUCCUUGCAUCUAGAUCCUUCUAUCACCGUAAUCACACAGCCAUUGGGAAGUCAGCAGCAGAGGAGACCUCUCUCUCCCUCUUUUUCACAGCCUCGGAGGAGGCGGGGGCAGCUGGGGCCAGCACAUGGCAAGCACAGAAGCAGCAGGGUGGAGCAAAGCAAAGACCGCCACCCUGGGCAACACCGACAAGCAUCCUAGGCCCCAUCACUCAGGGCAAACGCAUCCAAACACAUCUAAAAGUUUUGUCCAGGAAGACUAGAAAUUAAACCAGAAGUUAAUGUCUUUUCAGAAAAAGGAAAUUAUUUUCUUGCACAUAAAGCCUGUGUUCUGCGAAGCUCGGAGCAAUUAUGCUUGAGCUUCCUGGGUUAUGGAAGGAAACAUUAACUCGGGAUGGGGCUAGAGCAGCAGAGAGAAACUUCUGGGUCAAAAAGAUGCCGGAGUGAAUGCUCGGAGGCCCGUGAAGAGGCGGCUGUGGACUGGUGCACAGGGCUGUACCAGGUGUUUCAGUCUGCACCGUAAUAGCAAGGACUAGAAGCACGGUGAUGGAAAGAAAGGGUCACGGGAAGAAUACAGAUACAAGGAUUUGCAUGUAGACAGCUGGGGUUCGGGGGUGGCCACAUUAAACACACAGACAGCCUGCAGUUCACCAACAGAAUUUUGAAAAAAAAAAUGUGAUUAGUUCCUUUUGACUGGCAUACAAAACAGUGAGUGUCCGUAUGGCGUUUUCACCAUACACACAGUUUUUCCCCACCCUCUUCUGAAGCCCCUCCUGCUAGUUCCCUCCUCUCUCCUCUGUUCCUCUCUUCUUCCUCCUUCUCUUGUGCCACACAUUUUCUAAUUUUCUAUCCUUAAGACCUCUUUUCUCUUCCUACAGUCUCCUUUAUAGUCUCAUUAUCUAUAUUCCUUUACACACACACACACACACACAUACACACACACACACACGUAUGCACACAUAGGCAUGCAUACACACCAAACACGUAUCUAUAUAAACUAAUUCAGAGGAACUCAUAUGAGGAAAGAAACCAUAUUAUUUGCCCUUCUGAGUCCAGGAAAUUUCAUUUAAGGUAAUAAUUUCCAGGUUCAUUUAUUUCCCAGAAAAUGUCAUGAUUUCAUUUAUCUUCAUAGCUGAGGAAAAUUCCAUUAGGAGUUAGGAGAGAGCUCAUCCAGUAAAACAUCUGCUGCAUAAGCACGAGACCUGUGUUCGGAUCCUCAGCUCUCAUGGAGAAAUUGAGCAGGGUGGAACCCAUUUGCAGCCCCAGUGAUUGCUGGGAGAGGUGGGUUCAGCCAAGUAGAUCCCUGAAGCUCUUUGGCAUGUCAGCCUAGCUGUGUUGAUGAGUUUCAGGUUCACUGAGAGACUUUGUCUCAGUCUAUGGUGGCCUAAUAGCUGGUGAUAAAUUCAGAAUAAGCUUGGUAGAAUAAGCCCUAGCUUCUCCGUCUUCCUGUGUAAAACGAAGUAGCUGGUAACAAUAUGUAUACGAAUGGGCAUGAACGAAUCCUAACGAAGUUUAAUGUAUAAAGUGGAAGGUAGAGGACAAUUCAAAAGAUGCUAGACAUUGCCCUCUAACCCCAACAUGAAUGCAUAUAUCAACACAUUCACACGGACAUGCGCAUCACACACACCACGAUAAAAGGGCAGACAUAUUUAAAUAAACUCCCCUUUGUAUCUGCACCUCAUCUGAGCUUUACGGUACUUGCGAGCUGAGUAGCAGGGCUACCGGGAACUAACUGAAAUCUGUAGGGAGUUAAAGCUGGGGUUGCAGGCAAGGUUGCCUUUGAUACCAAGUGAAUCCUGAGCCUCUAAGCUACACGAGACUCUCCAAAGGAGAGAGCGGAGAAAAAGAGUCCAAGGAGAGCACCAUGCAGAAGCUCUGUGUUUAAGGGGUAGGAAGGGGCAAGCCGCAUAAAGCCAAGUGUAAGGGCACGGAGGAGAAGCAAGGGGUGCCAUGCCUUGGGAGCCCAAAUGAAAGGCGCACCAAGAAGGAGUGUUAGUGGAGAGCAAACAUCAGAGAAGUAUGUGUAGACAGGGCAAGAGUAAAACCAUAAGCUGACCUGUUCCUCUGUUCAGUUGGAAGAUUGGAGACCUUCAAGGGAGCUGCUUCACUGUAAUGUACAGGACAGAAG